AAUAAUAAAGAACUGAACUUAUAGACUGUAAGUGAAGAGUUAAUACUGCAUUUUCGUGCUAACCAAUGUGCCGCUGUGAAUGUGUGUAGUGGAUGCAAAGUAUUAUUAUUUUGUUUGAGUUAUUUAAAGUGCUUGGCGUUGCAAUUUUAAAAUUGUUUAUAGUUUAUUAUUUUAUUGUAAUUUUAUCGUAACUUUUUUUGCUUUUGUAUAUAAAUUGUACCAACGCAGCAGAAAGUUGAAGUCAAUGCCUUGGCUAAAAACGGUGUCAAGCUCGCUAGCCACAGUGGUGCAAACAAUGACGAAUCGCGGAUCAAAAUGACGCCCACAUGGGCAGCGCAGAGACACACAACUAGGCACGCACGAGUCAUCUGGCUUGCGUAAUGAGUGUUGUGGCAGGGGAGAACUCUCUAGACGAUGGCGUAAGCACAGACGCCUGCUAUCUGGACCCGCGCCGAAUUCAGUGUCAAGUUUGGUCGGCAGCCCCGUUGGGUGGGCCAACAACCAGUGCAAUGUUGUUAGCAUGCACGUCGAAUCGAGCGACGUCUUCAGAUUGCGGCUGGAACACAAAGAACUUGGCUACAUGGAACAGACGAUCGUCUAGAGCCAAACUUGCAUCACAUUCGUCACGUAAGCGAGAAUUGGCAUUGCCUGGAUUUUUAGUAUAUAAGCAAAACGGGUCGCUCCAGUCAGACAUUAGUUCACAGCCAAACUAAACCCAACCCAACUAAGCCAACAAAAUGAUGAAGUUCAUGUGCAUUUUCGUCUGCGCCAUCGCCGCUGUCUCGGCCAAUGCGUACAAUCGCGGCUAUGGAAGCGCACCCGUCGGCGGCUAUGCCUACCAGGUGCAGCCUGCUCUGACCGUGAAGGCCAUCGUCCCGGUUGGCGGCUACGGCAGUGGCGGCUAUGGUGGCAGCUACGGCGGUGGCUACGGCCGCAGCAUUGAGGUCCCAGUCUCUGCCCACUACACCUCCAGCCGCAACUAUGGCUAUGGCGCCGCGCCCGUCGAUCGUCAGGCUAUCUCUCUGGCCAAGCUUGGUCUGGCUGCCCCCAAGGCUGGUGCUCCUCUAGUCUGGAAGGAGCCCGCCCGCCUGGUGGAGCGCUCUUAUGGCCCCAGCCAGAGCUACAAGCAACAGUCAAGCUACGGCUAUGGCGAGGAGGCACAAGGUGGCUCAGCUGCCGCAGCUGCCAGCUCCGUGGCUGGCCAGAACAACGGCUACAAGAACUCCGGCUACAAGAACUCCGGCUACUAAGCGAGUUCAACUACAGUGAAACAAAAGCUCCUAAAGCUUGCGACUUAUAGACGAAUAAGAAGAAACUAGGAAGUAAU